AUGAAUGCUGUGGAAAGCCCCGAGGGACAGGAGCUGCAAAAGCUGGGGAGCGGAGCCUGGGACAACCCUGCCUACAGUGGUCCCCCCACCCCGCCUGGGACACUGAAGAUCUGCACCAUUUCCAGUAUGGUGCCCCCCCCACCCCAACUCGAGAAGCCUGAAGAUGGACCCCAGGAAAAGACACAUAAGACCCUGGUGUCCAGCUGCUGCCUCCAAAUCUGUCAUGGCAUCAGAGGACUUUGGGGAACAACAUUGACUGAGAACACAACUGAGAACCGGGAACUUUAUGUCAAGACGACCCUGCGGGAGCUUUUGGUGUACAUCGUGUUCCUGGUAGACAUCUGUCUCUUGACCUAUGGAAUGACAAGCUCCAGUGCCUAUUACUACACCAAAGUGAUGUCUGAGCUCUUCUUACAUACCCCGUCAGACACUGGAGUCUCCUUCCAGGCCAUCAGCAGCAUGGCAGACUUCUGGGAUUUUGCCCAGGGCCCACUACUGGACAGUUUGUAUUGGACCAAAUGGUACAACAACCGGAGCCUGGGCCGUGGAUCCCACUCCUUCAUCUACUAUGAGAACCUGCUGCUGGGAGUUCCAAGGCUGCGGCAGCUGCGGGUCCGCAAUGACUCCUGCGUGGUGCAUGAAGACUUCCGUGAGGACAUUUUGAGCUGCUACGACGUCUACUCUCCAGACAAAGAAGAGCAGCUCCCCUUUGGGCCCCUCAAUGGCACAGCGUGGACAUACCAUUCUCAGGAUGAGCUGGGGGGCUCCUCUCACUGGGGCCGGCUCACAAGCUACAGUGGAGGUGGCUACUACCUGGACCUUCCAGGAACUCUACAGGCCAGUGCAGAGGCACUUAGGGACCUUCAGGAGGGCCUGUGGCUGGACAGGGGCACUCGAGUGGUCUUCAUUGACUUCUCUGUCUACAAUGCCAACAUCAAUCUCUUCUGUGUUCUGAGACUAGUGGUAGAGUUUCCAGCCACAGGAGGUGCCAUCCCAUCCUGGCAAAUCCGCACAGUUAAGCUGAUCCGCUAUGUCAGCAACUGGGACUUCUUUAUCGUUGGCUGUGAGGUCAUCUUCUGCAUCUUCAUUUUCUACUACGUGGUGGAGGAGAUCCUGGAGCUCCACAUCCACCGGCUUCAUUACCUCAGCAGCAUCUGGAACAUUCUGGACCUGGUGGUCAUCUUGCUCUCCAUUGUGGCCAUGGGCUUCCACGUAUUCCGAACCCUCGAGGUGAAUCAGCUGAUGGGGAGGCUCCUGCAGCAGCCAAACACGUACGCUGAUUUUGAGUUCCUUGCCUUCUGGCAGACACAGUACGACAACAUGAAUGCCAUCAACCUCUUCUUUGCCUGGAUCAAGAUAUUCAAGUACAUCAGCUUCAACAAGACCAUGACCCAGCUCUCCUCCACGCUGGCCCGCUGUGCCAAGGACAUCCUGGGCUUCGCUGUCAUGUUCUUCAUCGUUUUUUUUGCCUACGCCCAGCUAGGCUACCUGCUUUUUGGGACCCAAGUGGAAAACUUCAGCACUUUCAUCAAGUGCAUCUUCACUCAGUUCCGGAUCAUCCUUGGGGACUUUGAUUACAAUGCUAUCGACAAUGCCAACCGCAUCCUGGGACCUGCCUACUUUGUCACCUAUGUCUUCUUCGUCUUCUUUGUGCUCCUGAACAUGUUCCUGGCCAUUAUCAAUGACACAUACUCAGAGGUCAAGGAGGAGUUGGCUGGACAGAAGGAAGAGCUACAGCUUUCAGACCUCCUGAAACAGGGGUACCACAAGACCCUACUGAGGCUGCGUCUAAGGAAGGAGCAGGUUUCGGAAGUGCAGAAGGUCCUGCAGGGUGGGGAGCAGGAGACCCAGUUCGAGGAUUUCACCAACACCUUGAGGGAGCUGGGGCACACGGAGUAUGAGAUCACUGAGCUCACAGCUGCCUUCACCAGGUUUGACCAAGAUGGGAAUCGCAUCCUGGAUGAGAAGGAGCAGGAACAAAUGCGACAGGACCUGGAGAAGGAGAGGGUGGCCCUCAAUGCUGAGAUUGAGAACCUGGGCCAGUCCAUUGUGAGUAGCCCACCAGGCGAGUCAAGUCCAGAGGCUGCCAGAGCAGGUGGCUGGGUUUCAGAAGAAUUCUACACGCUCACAAGGAGAGUUUUGCAGCUGGAGACCACCCUGGAAGGAGUCAUGUCCCAAGUUGAUGCCGUGGGCUCAAAGCUGACCAUGCUGGAGAGGAAGGGGCAGCUGGCUCCCUCUUCAUGCAUGGGGGAACAAGGCAUUUGGGAGCACCUGCAGGCAGCCCCAGCCAUGACUCCAGCCCCCUGGGAACUCCAGAGUGGACAGGAGAGUGGUGGGGGAGGGGUCCUAAGGCAUCAAACAGCAGGCUCCUCCCUCACCACCUCCCUGGAAGGACCCUUGGCACGUGCCCUCCACUUCUAGGGCAGCAGUUCCCACCAUUGCUGCUGCUGAGUUCCACCCUAUGUCUGGCCAUUUGAGCCAAUGUUUCUGUGUGUAGCCAUGUAGCUCUGUGAAAUAACAGAGCUCUCACUCCCUGUACUCUGAGCUCUGUUUAGAUGAUUUAAAAAAAAUAGUCAGUAACAAACAAAAUAAAGGAAGGGAGGGUAAUGACUUUCCUAAGCAUCUGGAUAGCCACCAUUUGUGAAAAAAGUACAAGCUGAGAGAAUAGCAGUAUCUACAUGUCUUCCUCCUUGCCAGUGAAUCUUCUCCUCUGUGCAUCUAGAGAUAUGUUGCCAGCACCCAUGGAGUUCAAGUCUUCUCCAUAGACCUUCCCUGUGAAAGAGAAUGGGAAGCCAGAGAGGAGAGGAGCCUUUCUCAUGUGAGGAGGUUAUAAUGUCACAGAGGAUCUGGAGUGAUGAUGUCCCCCAACUUUCCCCCAGCAAAGUCCGUGAAGACUCAGUGGAAGAGCCUGCCUUCAGACAUGCCACUGAACACUGUGGGGGCUGUAAACCAGGAUGAAGAUGGAGCCUGAGGAGAAUCCGGCAAAGAAAGGACUUCAGGAUUCCAAGAUCUUUGGAUAAAAUGU